AUGUCGUCGUACGCGGCUCCAAGGAAGAGGCUAACCAUCACGACCAAAAACGCGAAUGAAGACAAGGAAUCUACAUGGUUGAGACUUCUUGCGGGUCUCCUGUUCGUGGCAGGAUGUUCUUGUUAUGUGGCCGGAACCGUCAUGAACCUUCCACAAAUUGGUGCAUCCUCGGAUGCUUGGAUGUACAACGCAAUUGGGGCUGGUAUAUUCAUUCUUUGCGGUUUGGUCGAAUACUGCAACUACAUGGGAGGUUUUCACAUAUUCUUGAUAUUUGCCGGUAUUUUUGGUCUCACUGCUGAAGUUCUAGAUGGACAGCAGAGUCAAAUCAGUGUGUAUUGCAACUUUUUGGCCAAUCACAUGUACUUUUGUGAGGCCGUCAAGGUGUACUAUGCUCACUCGGGGGAUAAAUAUUUCAUGGAAAUUGCAAGCAAAUACAUUAUGAUUGAGACUCUCCACUUUGCUGAUAUGUUGUUCGUCCUGGGUACUAUUAUUGAUAUGGUCCUCGCAUGGAUAUAUCUUUUCACUGGCUCUCCAGCUGGCAGUAGCGCACCUGGGGCGGGCGAUGGUGGGGGGUCCGGAAAUAAUAGUCUCAAUCUACUCCGAACCGAUACCCAAAAGAUUGUGGAAGUGGUCAGCGCUAGUUUUUGGUUCACGUGUUCCGUUCUCACUCUGAUAGUCUACCUCCGAAUGGCCAAAAUACAAGGGUCGUUUGGUGACGACGAAGAGGAUGAGGAGGAGAAAAAGUCUCUCACAAAUCUAUCUACACGUGUCUGA